AUGAUGGCCAGCCCGUCGCCGCCGCUUGCGACGUUCAUCUCGUCCAUGGACUUGGUCUUCAGCGACGACGAGGGCGGCGCAGGACCCAGCUCGGCGUCGAGCAGUCGCAACGGGACCCCCUCCUCGAGCCUGGGCAUGUCCGGCGAGACAGAAAGCGCAGCGUCGACCAGCAAGGGGCGCAUGAUGGCUUCGUCGGGCGGGCGUAUGAGUGUCAGGGCGUCAAAGGCGAGCGCUCUCGCCGCCCUGCAGCUCAAGAACAAGCAGCAGGCUGCCGCUGCCGCUGCCGCCUCGACCUCUGCGGAACUCACGCCCGAGGUCAAGUCGGAAUACGUUGUCGAAGAGGAACCGCUCGGCGCACACCCUUCCAAGAACAGCGCUCGACGGGCCAUGAAGCUCCCGCGCGCGCCGCCGCUCGACUUCUCGACCCUCCGCACAGAGGCACCUCGCCUGCCCAACCCUCCGCCCCGACAAAAGCCUCGCCUGUUCGAGCUCGAAGAGGCGCCCGUCUAUCACCCUACAAUUGAACAGUUUGCGCAGCCUAUGGAGUACAUCGAGUCUAUCGCCCACGAGGCGAGGCAGUUCGGAAUCUGCAAGAUCGUACCGCCCGAAGGCUGGCGUCCGACCUUCGCCAUCGACACCGAGACCUUCCGCUUCAAGACUCGCUUGCAGCAGCUCAAUUCGAUGGAGGCGACCGCUCGCGCCAGUCUCAACUUCCUCGAGCAGCUGUACCUCUUCCACCGCCAGCAGGGAAGCACGGGCAUGACCAUCCCGUCGAUCGGCGGCAAGCCCGUCGACAUGUGGAAGCUUAAGCGCGAGGUCAACGCUCUCGGAGGAUACGCUGCUGUCACGAACGGUCGCAAGUGGACGACUGUCGGCAAGGCGCUCGGCUACAACGUCGCCUCCAACACCGGCAUCUGCUCGCAGCUGAAGAUGUCGUACUACCGCAUCAUCGUCCCAUUUGAGGAGUACGUCAAGCGCGUCAAGCUCGCCGGUGGACAGGCUCCGCCCGACCCCGUCAAAGAGGCCUCGCACGUUGGUGACACUUCGGACGCGAUGAAGGCGUUCGCGAGCAAGUUGGCAGACACGCCGAAGCAGCAGCCGAACGGCUCGGAGGAGCUCCUCACACCGAUGUCGGAGACCGGUCCGUCGAGGCGCUCGCAGCUCGAGCCGAACGAGCGUGUGCGAACGGCGUCGGACAAGCUGAACGAGGCUCUCGAGCUCAAGCCGACCACUCGCCACAAGACUCGUCGUCCCGGCGAGGCGUGCGAGAUCUGUACGCUCGACCACGACCCGGAUCGCAUUGUUCUCUGCGACGAGUGCGACCGCGGCUACCACCUCCACUGCCUCACCCCGCCGCUCAAGCAGGUCCCGACCUCGCAGUUCUACUGCGACAAGUGCCUCUUGAACAACGGCGCCGACUACGGCUUCGAGGAGGGCCAGGACCACAGCUUGUACAGCUUCCGCCGCCGCGCCGAUGCGUUCAAGCGCAAGUGGCUGCAGGAUCAUCCUCUCCCGCUUUCGAAGGGCAAGGGCCGCGAAGACGACGCGCCGGCUGCGGAGGAGAACGGCGACGAUGUCUGGAAGGAGCAGAUCGCGAUCGAGGACCACUUUGAGCGCGAGUUCUGGCGCCUCGUCGAGUCGCCAAGGGAGACGGUCGAGGUGGAGUAUGGCGCCGACGUCGCUUCGACCAAGGAUGGAGCUGGCUUCCCCAACAUCGAGGUCCACCCUCUCGACCCAUACUCGCGCGACGGCUGGAACCUGCACAACCUCCCGAUCCUCGCCGGCUCGCUCCUCCGCUACAUCAAGUCCGACAUCUCUGGCAUGACGAUCCCGUGGAUCUACGUCGGCAUGGUCUUCUCGACGUUCGCUUGGCAUAAGGAGGACCACUACACGUACAGCAUCAACUAUCACCACCUCGGCGACACGAAGACGUGGUACGGCGUGCCCGGCGCGGACGACGAGAAGCUCGAGGCGGCGAUGAAGCAGUCGGCGCCCGAGCUCUUCGAUCAGCAGCCCGACCUCAUGUUCCAGCUCGUCACCCUCAUGAGCCCUGAGCGCCUCAAGAAGCACGACGUGCGCGUCUACGCCGCCGAUCAGCGCCCAAACGAGUUCAUCAUCACCUUUCCCGGCGCCUACCACUCGGGCUUCAACCACGGCUUCAACUUCAAUGAGGCCGUCAACUUCGCCCUGCCCGACUGGCUCGAGGACGACCUGCGCUGCAUCGAGCGCUACCGCGAGAUCAAGAAAAAUCCCGUCUUCUCGCACGACGAGCUCCUCAUCACCAUCGCGCAGUGGGAGCGGGAUCCUCGCACGGCGAGCUGGCUCAGCCCGCACAUCCGCGAGAUGGUCGACCGCGAACUCGAACUGCGCGAGCGCAUCCGCGCCAGCGAGUCGGCGCCGGACGAGCUCGUCGAGCCGUUCGACCGCGUCGAGGAGGAGUACCAGUGCGAGCACUGCAAGACGAUGUGCUACCUCUCGCAGAUUAUCACCGAAGACGCACGUUCGAUCGCCUGUCUCGACCACGGCUCAACCCUCCCGACUGGGACCAAGAUCCUGCGCAUCCGCUUCACCGACGCCGAGCUCUCGCAACUCGCGAGUCGCGUUCACAACCGCGCGCUCAAAGCCUCCCGACUCCCUGAACCGACAACCGGCACGCCAGAAGCUGCAGACGCGCCGAGGCAGUCAGGUCGCAAGCGCAAGCCCUCGGCUGCUUUGCUCGAGGCAGCGGGCGAGAUGGCUCUCCCGGCGGCGCAGCGCGUCAAGGUCAUCCACGAGGAGUCGGAGGAGAGCGACGAGGACGACGAGGAGCAGGCGGAAGACGCUGGCGCUCAGGAGAACGGCAUCAAGGCGGAGGACAUGCCGAUCGAACAGGGCGACAUCGCAGUCGACCCGGCUCUCUCGUUCGCUGCGCCUGCUCCUGCGCCUGUCGCCGCGCCGCCGCCGGUUGCUGCAGCCGCCAACGGCGACAUCAUCGUCGACAGCGGUGUCUACACACCUCAGCGGUCUCCGUCGCCCCAAGCCGGCCCCUCCUACGCCUCCUCCGCCUACCAGCAGACCCAGCUGCGCUUCUCGCCGCCUCGACCCGGACCCUCUUCAAUGCCGCUUCCUCCCGUCUCGCAGGCUCCCUGGGGACGCUGGUAG